CCAGGAGGAAGAAGGCUCAUGGUUUCUCAGUCUUCUACACAAUCGACUCUAAAUAAAGGACCUGGUGCUAAGAUCAAAGAAUAUAUCUUCAGGUUAUCUCAAGAUCGCAGUCUAAUAUUUGGUAGUACUAUUGAUAAUUUUGUUCGGUGUACAUUAGAAGGACAAGAAACUAAUCCUCAAAUUGUUAUGAGAAAUGUACGACAGUUUAUGUCGGGUAUUAAAAAUUAUCUAAUCAAACAUGGUGAAGGUGAACUACAAGAUAUGAUAGAAAGAGAACGUAGCAAGCUGGGUUCAUCAGAGAUAUUAAAUAUAGAUUCUCUAAUUGAAAGUGCUCUACAUGUCUGUGUUAUUAGACCAUUAAAACAUUAUAUUUAUAAGUUAUUUGUUCAACAAUAUAAUAGGAAUGGUAAUUUAGAACUCAUGUCUAGCAAUAUUAAAUAUGCUAGAAAUAAAACUGCUGAAGAAAUUGGAAUCAAGCCAGGGAUAAAACCACCAGAAGGUAGUGAUAUGGAACUUAUCAAACAUUAUCUAGAUAAGAUGCAGAAAACAUAUUCCCCAGUUAAAAAACUAGAGAAUUUAUUAGCAGCAACAACUACGAUUUAUCAAUGUGCCAAAGGAAAACAGUGUCUACCAAAUAGAGGACCUGGAUCACUAGGAGCCGACGACUUCCUUCCAGUCUUAAUAUAUGUGAUAGUGCAUUCUGGGAUGGUGUCAGCUGAGAUAGAGGCUGACUAUAUGUGGGGAUUGCUUCAUCCUACAUUACAAAAUGGAGAAGGAGGAUAUUAUCUUACAACAUUCAGUAGUGCUGUUUUAGUUUUACGCAAUUUCCGUCAGACUUAUGAAAUGAACUUACAACAGCAACAUUUAUUGAGAUUACCAAGUAUAAGUGAUAUGCAGGGAUUUUUAAAGAUAGCAAUUCCUGAUGAACUUAAAGACUCUAUAACGUGGAAAACUUUACCAGUUCGUCCUACUAUGAAUACCAAAGAUGUUCGUGCCAUGAUUGCUCAUAAAUUUAAAGUAACAAAUCCUCAAGAUUAUGGUCUAUUUCUUCUCCUGAAUGGAACAGAAAAUGCUCUAGCUGACAAUGUUUGUCCACAAUUGAUAAAAUCUGAACACAGAACUAAGGGGGAAGACUGUUAUUUUGCUUAUAAAAGAAUAGCAGCUAAUAUUGCCUGGCCAAAGAACUUAAAGAGACCUUCAAUAGGUCAGAUAUUUGGAAGUCCAAGAGAAACCUAAAGUAUUGAACUGUGAUAUGAAUGUUUGUAAUAUGGAAAACUGAAAAACUAAAUUUUCAUGACAUGUCUGAUUUGUAAGUUUAUAUGUUGAAGGAUGAAUUUUACCAUGACUAAGUAACAUUAAAAUGCUGGACAUGAUGACUGCUGACAUAUUGAUACAAAAGAUUAAUUUAUUUGACGAACUUCUUUACUGAAGUAAAAAGACAAAACUUUUUAACCUUGUUUAUGUUGAAAGCUGGUGUGACUGAUUUGUUAUAACAAACAUAUGAUUUGUUAUGACAAUAGACAGAUUUGUUAUUUUACAUGACUGAUUUGUUAUACAUUUAUUUACUUAUUUCUUUAUUUUCUCAUUAUACAAACCUUAUAUUUUUUCUAACACAAAACUGUUUAACAAAUGUAAUGAUUGGAGUUUUACAUCCUACUUUAAUUUCUGCCCCAUGUGGGCUAAUGAAGAUGGGCAAUGCCAUGAGGGAAAUUUGGCCAGGGAAACUGUCGAGGGAUCAUCUUAUGUGCAGUCUGCAACACAUGGGGCCUCAGUUUAUUGUUUCAUUU